CGGCCGCGUCCCGCCCCUUCCGGCGGAGGCCCCGCCCCGCCGCGAGCCGGGCGCCCGGUGCUCUCAGAGGCCGGCGGCAGCCUCCCCCACCGCCCGACGCUCUGAGGUCACCGACUGGGCCGGAGUGCGGGGGGCGGAGGGACGGAGGGAAGAUGGCGGCAGAGGCCGGAUAUUGGCGCCGCCUCCCCCACUCCUGGAGCCGGCGCAGAUGAGGCGGCUCGGCUGGGGCCAGCGGUGCUUGGGAACCCGAGCUGGGGAGACCCUGGCGGUGGAGCCUGGGCCUGCUCUAUGCCGGCGCCUCGGCUAGAGUGAGCGACGGCGGCAGCGGCGCCUCUUUUCGUCGGGCUCCUUCCCUGUGGCUGUGAGGCCGAGCGAGCGGCCGGGCGGCGGAGGCGACGGGGCAGGGAUGGAGGACGUUAACUCCAACGUGAACGCGGACCAGGAGGUGCGGAAGCUGCAGGAGCUGGUGAAGAAGCUGGAGAAGCAGAACGAACAGCUGAGGAGCCGCUCGGGGGCCGUGCAGGGCGCAGGCCCUCUCGGGCCCGGCAGCCCGAUCCGGGCGGGCGCGUCCACUCCCUCCUCGGGCGCGGCGUCCCCUCGGGGCUUCCCCCUGGGCCUGGGCGCCAAGUCGGCCGGAGGGGCCGGCUCGGGCCCGAGGCGGACGAGCGGCGAGGAGCUGCGAGACGCCGGCUCGCUGCUGGCGGCGGGCGAGGGCGGCUUGCUGGACGAGGUGGAGCCGCUGCGGCCCGAGGAGCUGGAGCGCCUGUCAGGCUGGGAGGAGGAGGAGGAGAGCUGGCUUUAUUCAUCACCAAAGAAAAAACUUACACCAAUGCAGAAAUCGGUUAGUCCAUUAGUUUGGUGCAGGCAAGUUUUGGAUUACCCAAGUCCUGAUGUUGAAUGUGCUAAAAAGUCUCUUAUCCACAAACUUGAUCAAACUAUGUCAGCUCUCAAGAGGCAGAAUUUGUAUAAUAAUCCUUUCAACUCUGUGAGUUAUGCGAGUCCUUAUAGUCCAAAUGCCAGUAGCCCAUACAGCAGUGGCUUCAACUCUCCAUCCUCAACCCCAGUGCGACCUCCUAUAGUCAAACAGCUCAUACUUCCUGGAAAUUCAGGUAACUUGAAAAGCUCAUCCGACAGAAAUCCUCCCCUCAGUCCUCAGUCCUCAAUAGAUAGUGAGUUAAGUGCUUCGGAAUUAGAUGAAGACUCCAUUGGAUCCAAUUAUAAGCUAAAUGAUGUAACAGAUGUGCAGAUUUUAGCCCGAAUGCAGGAAGAAAGUCUCCGACAGGAAUAUGCAGCCACCACAUCUCGGCGUAGUUCUGGUUCAUCUUGCAAUUCUACAAGACGGGGUACUUUUAGUGAUCAGGAACUUGAUGCACAAAGUUUAGAUGAUGAAGAUGACAAUAUGCAUCAUGCGGUAUACCCUGCUGUUAACAGGUUUUCACCAUCACCACGCAAUUCACCUCGACCAUCACCUAAGCAGUCACCCAGAAAUUCACCUCGUUCACGAUCUCCUGCUCGGGGAAUAGAAUAUACUAGAGUGUCCCCACAGCCUAUGAUUAGCCGCUUACAGCAGCCUCGCCUUUCACUUCAAGGUCAUCCCACAGAUUUACAGACGAGCAAUGUUAAAAAUGAAGAAAAACUAAGACGCAGUCUUCCAAAUCUGUCUCGAACAUCUAAUACGCAAGUUGAUUCAGUAAAAAGCAGCAGAAGUGACUCAAAUUUUCAAGUGCCAAAUGGAGGAAUACCUCGUAUUCAACCUCAGGCUUCAGCCAUACCUUCUCCAGGCAAAUUUCGCUCCCCUGCAGCACCGUCUCCUUUGGCUCUUCGGCAGCCAGUGAAAGCAUUUAGUAACCAUGGCAUUGGCUCUCCUGGUAGCCAAGAAACAGCACAGCUCACACAAACCACCUCCUCACCUGGGCCUCCCAUGCAUCAGAACCCAGGUCCAGCAAACCCUCCCAGCAAUAUCAACAGUGCUACUCUAACCAGACCUGCAGGAACGACUGCAAUGAGAAGUGGCUUGCCCAGACCCAGUGCCCCUUCUGCGGGGGGUAUACCAGUGCCUCGCAGCAAACUUGCACAACCUGUUCGCAGAUCCUUGCCAGCUCCUAAAACCUACGGUAGCAUGAAAGAUGACAGCUGGAAAGAUGGUUGCUACUGACCAGCAAAGACAAGAAUGCAGAGUUCUCAACUUCAUGGAUCCCCCUUCUUCCAGGCUGAAAAGCAGCUUUUACAUGCAGACUGUUCAGAUGAGACUCUUGGGAUUUAUGAAAUCCUAACCCUCUGUCUUAACUAGCACAAACUGACAGAGAUGACCAAGCAGCACUUUAAUGACGCUUAACAUCAGAUGUGUUUGGUAAUCAUACAAUCACUCUCCAUGAAAUCACUUUUAGUUUUAUUUAAUAGGAACUAAGCUGAUUUUUAGGUAAUUGACGGAGGCGAUAUCUGGGCAAAUACCUAAUGGAUGCCAAAGAGAAAUGCCCAUUUUCAAAUGAGAAAGUACUUUUGUGUGCAGGAAAAUGGUGGAGUCAGGCUAUCCAAAACUUCACAUUCAACCUAAUUUACUGUAUAAAUAGCAUCAAUAAAUAUUAUGUUAAUGAGAACUAACAUUCUUUCUAAUUAUCUGAAGUGUUUCACAGUACUUGAGGAAAAUUAUAGAUCAAGAUUGGGGGGAUGAGAGGAAGAAACCUGUGCUGGAGAUUUAAAACAUGAUAUCUAAAUUUGAGAGAGUUCAUUUGUUUUUUUGCAGAAUCAUUUAGUCUUGAGUUUUGGACAUAGCUCACCUAUCAUCGCCACCAGAUAGUAUUAUGGUAUGCAUCCAUCAUGUUACGGUGAUACAUCAGACUUAUAUGUGUUUGUUGAUUGCCAAAAGGGCUUAGUAUCAGUUGUACAAUCUUUCCAACCUGUAUGUUCCUGGCUCAGGAAAGAUGGCCUUUGCUGUUGAAGCCAGCUUCUUCAUAUGCUGUUACCUGUUAGAGAACAAAGAGAUCUGUGUCUUUCAGCAGGUUUCCUUGAGGGAAAGAGCAAGUAGUAGUGUGUAUCUUUAUUACUGUUAACAGCAACACCUCAGUGCUUAGAACCUGGAACAGACCUGACGGUGAGAGAGAGGGGGAAAAAUCUAUGCACUUAACCCACAAAAUCUCUGGUGAUGACAGUUGUAUUAUUGCUAUGAAAUGGCAUAACGGUUUAUUAUGUGUAGGAAAACAUAGCCUGCUAAAUCCUACUUACUUUGGUCCACUCUAAACUGAGUAACUUUAUAAAAUAUUUUCUGAAAAUACUGUCCCUUUUGACUUAGAGUCUGCCUUAUAUCAAUUUUUGCAUUUUUACUACAUACAACUCUAACCUGUUAAAUACUUGCUCAAUGUAAUGGCUCUUACAUUUGUCCUUGAAAUUACCUGUUUUGGUUUUAUCAGACUAUUACCAGAUGAAAACUUCUUUUGUAGCAGGCUUCUUAUUUUUGAUAGCGAGAUCUGUUUUUAAAUUCUUAAUUUAAACAAGGUCUAAAAUGCUGACAGUUGAUUUCAUGCAAAAGAUUGUGGAGAUUUGAACAUAAAUUGAUUUCUUGUUAAUCAAAGACAUUGUGUAAGUUGGCAAAAGAUAUUGAGAAAAAGAAUUGGGAAGGCUUGAUGUUCAGGUUAAUAAAAUUUAAACUAAUAGCCCCAUUGUGCUGUGACUGAAGCCGUGGGAGUUUUCGUGGUAGUAGGGAGUCGUGCAGUCAGGGCAAGCCGCCGGCCACAGCAGCUGGCAGCAGCACUCUAUGUUUUGGUGUAUAAUGCAAGAAGGAAGUUGUAGCCUUGAAUCCGAGAGCAAUGGGGUAGUAGGGAAAGGAUGGUGCCAGAAUUCUACAUGACGAGGAACUAAAAGCUAUUGCUUUUCAGAGGAAGAUAAAAACAUCUGCUUUGGGUGGGGUAUCUCAUGUAAAUCUAAGUAAUAAGAGAAAGAACUAGCUACUGUCUCUUCUUAAAACCACAUAUACUCAAAAAAACAGGUCUCAGUUUUCAGUGCAACAUUUUAAAAAUAUAUAUAUAUGCUGCAAUCUAAUAAUUUAAAGGAAUUUUAGCUAUUCUGAAACACUCAUUGCUUUUUUAAGUUAGAUAAUCAAUUUCAAAAGGAAUAUUCAGGUUAUUUAACUUUGUUUUUAAUGGCUGCAUCAGAAAAAAUGUCUAUUUUUUUUUAAUUAAAAUAUUUCAUCACUUGUUAAAAACAUAUUUUGCAUCUGGGUUUGGUAAAGUAUUAUUUUAUCUGCUGUGUACUACCACAGACUAUUGGCUUUUAGUUUCCUAAAGAGAAAAAUGGCCUUUUUACUAGAAAGCCUUUGUGUGUUGCCAGUUUUUCUGUUUGGGAAAAUCUAAGGAUUUACUGUGGUUAGUGUUACAGAAGAAAUGUGGAUUUGAUAAACUAGUGCCUAUGAUUUUAACUUAUGUUUGAUAUAUAGUAGUAAGGGUUUUAUGAAUGUUGAUUAUUUUGUGCCAACAGCCCAGAAUUGUCACUUAUAUGUAAGCAGAAAGCUGUGAACUCUGCUUCCAAAGUUAUUUAAUUUUCUCAGUGUUUGAAUGUUAUUUUUUGUAAGUGUGUUAAUAAAAGUGUAAAGAAUUGGAAAAAAAUAUAAAUAUUCUUAACUCAAGCAUUUGCUGGAUCAUUUUUCUACAAAACUUGUUUGUAUAAUAUAAAACACUCUCUGAAGAGUUGACUUUUUUCAGUUUUCAUACCCUGGAAAUCACAUUUUGUAAACUGGGGACCAUUCAUAAUUGUGUCAGAUGCUUUUUAAAAUUAUCUCAAUACAUCACUUUUUAUAAAAAAAAAAAAAAAAAGUUUUUUUGAAAGAGAAUUAGAUACAUACAUGGCCCCAGAUGUUUGUAUAACUCUAGAAUGAUCUAGACUAUGUAUGUUUAAAUUAACUUUUUAUUGAAUGUACAGGUGUCCAUAUUUGACAUUACGCAUGGUCUUUAUAGAUCAUAUGAAGUUGAUUCACAAACAUUUCGAUAGCUGAACUUGUAUAUGUGGUUGCCUCCUUAAUAAACAGCCUGACCAUAAUGUUUAUUAUUAAAUUUA